GUCAUUUUGAUUUUCUACGCCGCAGGACUCUGUCGCGUUUAGAUGCAUUUUUUGGACCGUGAAUACUCCAUAUGAAGGCUCAAGAGAAACAGUCCGAUGCAAAUGAGGAUGAGUAUCGAUAUUACUCGACUCCUUGGGUCAAUAACUCAGCUGUUCCUAAACACGCUCCCAAUUCGCUGCCCAAAUUAGGUGGGAGUGGAGACCGCAUUUUACCACAUACCAUUAACCUAUGCCAAUUGCAACUUUCACUGGGCAUCCUCCAGUUGGAUCCAGCAGAUAGGGCAGUUAUAAAGGUUGCAGACCGUCGGGAUGCAAUACAGAAAAAAGCAUUUACUAACUGGAUUAAUCAUCACUUGUCUAAGCGCAAUUGUUGGGUGCAUGACCUAUUUGUUGAUCUGCGCAACGGCUAUCUCCUGGUCCGGCUACUCGAAAGUCUAACCAACGAACUAUUAGGUUUCGAAUUUAUUGAGAGCCGUCUACACUGGAUACAGAAUGUCCAACGUGUGUUGAAUUUCCUAAGAUACCGUGGAAUUCGAAUCGUGAACAUACGAGCUGACGAAAUUGUUGAUGGUAAUCCAAAACUAACUCUUGGAUUAAUCUGGAUCAUUAUCCUGCAUUUUCAAGUUACUGAAGUGUUACAAAAUCAGACUGGAGUCAGCGUCUCUCUGAACACGAACGUUCCAGUAGACGAGGUUGCAAAACAAAGUCUCCUGAACUGGUGUCGUGCUGUGACCACUGGUUAUCCUGGCGUUUUUGUCCGCGAUUUCUCUACUUCCUGGCUUGAUGGACGAGCCUUCCUGACGCUCAUUCAUCGCUAUCGGCCGGAACUAGUCGAUUUCCAUGUUGUUGAUCGUCAAUCACCAAGUCAGAACUUGGAGUUGGCCUUCACGUUGGCUGAAAGAGAACUUCAUGUUGUCCGCCUGUUCGAUGCUGAAGACCUUGUGUCCACCACAGACGAACGUUCCAUUAUAACCUAUAUAGCCUCACUGUAUGAGGCCCUCGCUACAGACUCCCCGUCGAUCCCCCCGCUUCCCGCGCUUUAUCGUGAAUCUGUCCUAGAACCAGUAUCCAUUUCCCAUGGAUCCGUUUUGGGACAUCUUCCAUCAGACCAGUCCUCUGCACUCAGGACACAGUGGUUGGAAUAUCGAUCCCUUGCUACUGAACUUGCCCAAUGGCUUCGACUGACCACUGAUCGCAUGAAUGCACGAAAUUUUCCAUCAGACUUGAAAGGCGUUCAACAACGUGUAAUGGGAGAAAUCAAAAGGCAUCGUCUGGAAGAGCGACCUCGACGAGAACGGGAGCGUCAACAAUUAAUCCGAAUGUUUGAAGACCUAAAGCCUGGAAUUCGAGCUGGACACAUUCCGAAUGACCCGUUCUUGCGAAUUGAGCAAAUCAACCGAUUAUGGGACGAGUACAACACUGCUCUUGAGGAGCGGGAGUUGGCUGCACUCAGCGAUGUGCGUCGACUAGAUCGAUUACAAUGGGCCGCUGAUCGUAUUGUGCGGGAAUGUCGUGCUGUGGAGUCACAGCUUACUGCAUUGGAACGUCGUCUAGUCGAAACUGAACCAUCGGUCACUUCCAUGCUGGACUCUCAACGUGGUGGACGCUUGUGCCGUUGGAGCGAACAGUUGGGCACUUUGGAGACAAAACUUAAUGGUCUGUUCAAUCAGGUGCAGCAUUUGCGUAGCGGUCGAUAUGUUCACACAGAACAGAUUUAUCGCGAUGUAUGUACUCUACACCAACGUUUCCUCGACCUCCAACGGCGAUUACGGCAACAAAGCAGCCACUCUGAACCGAAUGGAACGAAAGCAUUACAUUCCUCUCAGGUCAGCUUAAGUCAUCCGGCCUACCUUUCCAAACGCUUAACUCCUGGUUGCCAGGAUCAGCGAUACGAGUUCCUAACCCCAAUUCAACGAUGUCUUGUGUGGAUCGAUGAGCAUGCCACACGCACUCCGGAAGAAAAGAAACUGUCUGAAGAGUCCAUGCAAACACUUGAUCAUGCCUACCAACAGCUGCUGGAAAUGUGCGAUCAUCGGACUAGAUUAUCACACUCCCUCCUGGAUUUUGUCCGUCGAGCUACUCAUCAGCUGGAUUGGUUGAGGGCACACGAAGCACGCGAGGUUCAUCGGGAUUGGAAUCGUCCAGAUCAACUGAAUUCUUCUGAAAUCAGGCGUGCUUUACAGGAGCUAGUGAAAGAGUUGAAGUUACGUGAGCCGGGCUUCAGUGAUCUGAGCGUGGCGGGCACUUCGAUGCAACUGGAUAAUCAUCCUGCCUCGGAUCUAAUACAGGCUUAUGUAAUUGCCCUGGAAAGGCACUGGGCUUGGCUGGUUCAACUGAUUGGCUGUUCGGAGAGCCGUUUAGAACAGCUGAUGCGGCAAGAGUCACACACUAGUCAGGUAGCCGAGUGUGAAUCUGUCCUGACAACACAGUUGCAUGAUAUGCAACUGCUGCUCGGUCGGUCGUGCAAGCGUUCGAGUACAAUGGAAGUGGAUCGUCUUCGGACUCAACUGCAGCACAUCGCCACGCAACUGAAUGAAUAUGAGUCAUUAAUAAAUGGAUUAAUGGUGGAUGCACAAGAGAUUGUUCCUUUGAGUGUGGGUAUUGGCGAAUCAGCCUCUCUUGGUUCAUCCCUCGAUCAUCGACAUAUUGGAUCACGUGUUCGUCCACUGUGCUGUUUCCGAUCAGCUGAUUAUUGGUUCGACAAGCCAAACGCGACCUAUCAAUCUGUGGUGGGUGAGACAUUCUGGCCAAGGGGAUCGGAGGCUGCCGAGUUCGAUAAGGGGGAUGCUCUGGUUCUUGUUGGAACGACUGACACAAAAAUGUCGAAUCUCCGAACAGCCACUGGAACGUGUCUGCAAACACCCACUGUAUGCUUCCUACCCUCUUGGCCUUGUACAGAAGCCAUAGAAAGGACACGAUGUCUAAUGAAUUUUCUGAACAAGGUGAAGUCCUGUUUGACCUUAGCGGAUCUGUCUCUUCGGGGAGAAGUGUUAUGUGCAUGCAUGAGCGCUUGGAGGGACGAUGACACCAACCAACCCUUCACUGUUGAAAGUUUUGAGGAGGCAAAGCGUAUUUACGUCGAUGGAUUGCGCCAUUCAUUAGCGCUGCGGCUGGCCAAUCGGCCAACCGACGAAAUUGACCGAUUUGAAACGGAACUGGCCCGGUUUGACAAUAUCUUGAUCAGCACCAGUGUUCCCCCUAGUCAAACAGAAUCGGGAGCCUACUCCGAACUCCGUCAAGUGAUGGGACAGCUACGACUUGGUGUGAAUACACUUGCUUCUCAACUUCAACAACGUUGUGCCUCUUCUUUGCCAGACCGGGUAUCAGAACUUGAAAGGCGCAUUCAGGAACAUAAAGCCUGGGUGAAGGAUCUUGCUCAUAUCCAAUCACGCCUAUUAGAGUUCCAUCAAAGGCUGCAGCGUUCAGAAAAUCUGACACUUGAUGGACAGACUUCUCCCAUAAUGAUUCAGGCACAAGCUUUGAGUGACACUGCAGCUCAGCUGCAUGUUGCUGGUCAGGGCUACUCCCAACUGCUUGCUGACACCGACGCUUGGCUGGCGCGUUUGAAUAGAGCAGAUGAAGUACUCGGCGAGUGCGAACUUAGUCUGCUUGGAUCAGCUAUACACAUUCACGGUCUGUUUCCAUCACUUGGAACUCUCGAGCCGGCCAAUCAUGACGGUCUGCGAGCGGAAUCUGUGGAACGGGCACAUAAGGAUCUCAAGGCAAUCGCCGAACGCCUACCACGCGUGCGCGCUGAAUUGGAUUUGCUUUCGCAACAAGUUCCUGACGUGAACAAACUCACGUUGUCGGAAAAUCAAGAUCCACAUGUAACUCGAGAGUUCCUACGGCUAUUGCUUCCAGUUGACAACCAAGUACUACUGCCAAGAUUAAAUAUAUGUCACCAACGCCUAGCGGCUGCGAUGAGAGAAGUUGAACUAGAGCUCAAAGCUUUCGGGGACUCACUUCGUUGUUUUCCUGCUUACCAAUCUCUACACGAUGACCUGCUGCAUCAGAUGACGGAAUUCAAGAAUCGCAUUGUGGAACUCAGUGAACUGGUCCGGUCGAUUGGAUUGGAAUCCGGUUCAGAUGAAACGUUGAUUAAGGCUGCUUUGGGGCAAGCAGAUCAAAUCGCUGCCGAAGUGGAACAUCAGCUAGUAAAAGUGGAACAGCUCAAUCGACAUAUUGCCCAAAUGAUACUGGUACUAACUAACUAUGCCAAGGCCACCCAGGACUACCGGCAACUCGUGGAAACGACAUUCCAGCAGUCUGGUGCAUCUCGGGAUUACCGAUGGUCCCCAGGUUUUGGUUUGUUUGAUAUUACGCAAAUUCUUCGCAACGCCGAUCAAAUCACCGACCGGUACAACGAUCACGCACAACAAGUGUAUGAUCAGAUACAAAGUUUAUAUAAUGUGCUUCACCAUUCGGGUUACAGUGGACAUUUGCAGUUAAAUCAUGUUCCUCGUGCUCUAACUUAUCGGCAAAUCUAUCCCGGCGAAUUUCCUCCGGAAUUCCCACAACGCCGAUCUAUCACACCUGAUCAAGCAUUUCGUCCUGGCUCCACUGCAUCUAUUCCAGUUUGCCUUCGAACGAGCGCAUCUCGCCUACCCAUGACGGAAUAUACAUAUGUGAAUGGAGAACACCAAACGAAUUGGGAACUUCGUCUUGAUUGCAUCGAAACGGAAUCAGUUGUUGCUCUACCGAACGGAUGGGAUUUUCCUCCUGAUCUCAGUACUGACCGGGCGUUCUGGUCACGUCUCAAAAAACCCAUGCCGACAAGUGGUGCGUGGUUCGUCACCCGUUUAUCAGAAUUCGAUUCUGAAGGUUGUCGGGACGAACCACUUUGUAUUGGUGAUGCACUUCGAUGUGGCUUGAUUGAUCCACGAUCACAAACAUGCCAACCCUCUUCCAAAGCAUCUUCUAUGUCAAUCUCAUGGAAGGAAGCCGUUGAACGGGGUUGGCUUACAGACCAAGCUUCACGUGCUCUUUCCGAUCCAAUCCGAACUCCCCGAGGACUAUACUGUCCUCUCGCAAGUUUGCUACUUCGACCCGGUGAAUUUAAUCAAACCGAUGGUGUGGAUCCUGCUACUGGAAAUUAUUGGCCAGAACAGCAAAAACUGGUGGAACUCUGGAUGGAAAGUAAACUGUCGUCUUCCGAUUUCACUCGUCUGGCUGCCGUGUUAUCCAGUGGCAUUGCAGUGGAGUACCGUGAAUCGCGUGUAUGCUGGUGUGAUGCUUCAUGUGAGAAACAACCCCCAUCAAUGGUAAAGCCAUGUCUUUCUGACUGGCUCUCAGCAGGCGCCUAUAAUCCAGCUACUAGACGUCUGCGUGUCAGCAUUCUCAAGGAUAACUCGACUACCAAUUCGGAGAAGAAGCUAUUCUGUGAAGACGAACUCACCAUCAAACAAUGUAUUGAACUGGGUUUACUCGAUCCUCACAUGCCUGAGGUUAUCGUGCCGAUGGAGACUUCUGAAAGUGCGCGUACUACGCCUUAUCGUCGCAUCACGCUAAAUACGGCUAUCUCCGUUGGUCUAAUAGAUGACGUAGAUGGGUUGUGGUGCGGAAUAUCCCAGUGGGCAGAUAUUUCGGUCAGUCUCCACGUUGCGCAUACUGCCGGUCUCAUUUCUCGUGCUCCAAGUUUAUCUGAGGCUCUACUAGCUGGCUUAUUGGCCCUUGACCGCGUUGAUGAGAAUGGUCAAUUGCGAUCAGGAUUGGUGGAUACACAUACUGGUAGUCACAUAUCCUUCAGCGAAGCUAUUCAACGUGGAUUAGUGCAAGGCAGUUGCCCAUCGCUUAUGCUUCUACGGGCGAACCACGUUAAGACACACAGUUUGAUUGAAGCUCUACGACUUGGCAUAAUCAACGAACUUGGCGAAUUUCGGUUACAGAACGGAAGUUCAAUCCCCCUUUGGGAUGCGGUCAAUUCAGGUCUUGUUCAUCUGGUGCAUACACAGGUCUAUCCGCCACCGGUAGGCGUGCUACAGCCGAAACUGGCCAGAAAACAGCAGUACCACCAACAUCCUGUGUUGCAAGCGAUUCGCACAAAUUUAUUAGAUGCCGGUUCAGAAGAGAUAAUUCUAUCUGAAGCGGAGGCCAAACAACAUGGUCUUUCCCCAACAAUGCGUAGGAUUUCGCUUCGAAAAUCUCCCAGAAUAUCGCAUUUGUGUGACGUUCAAACAGUCAACCUAUUGACUCGGUCGUCAGGGCUUAUCUAUCCAGACGGAAGAGAGCUGACGGGUUUAGAAGCUCUUGCCCGUGGUUGGUUAAUCCCAUGCAGCAGUUCACAACCAGGCUCCAGGCAAUACGGACAGGUGAUUGAUCCAAAUACAGAUUUAGCUGUUGAUGUGGUGGCAGGGACCAAAUGGCCGCCCACUCGACCUUUAUCGACCAACGGUGCUCAUCUACUUCUUGGGCUCUCAUCCCACCGGCCCUAUCGGGGUUACCUGAUGAUCCAACGUCUGAUCACCAAAUUAUCUUGGCUAGGACCUGGACUCCAUGAUGACAACCUGGUGAAACCCACGCUUUUCACGAACCUGCCUCGUGUUCCUUCUUCAACUAGCUUGGGUCAUCAGUGGCGGCCAGAACAGAUCUUGAGUGUCCUCGACCCAAGCACUGCACGUCAUCUAUCCCCGUCUGAAGCGAUACGACAGAACCUUUUGGAUUUGGAUAGUGGAGUGUUUAGAUUUCCAGAUACGGGACGAACGAUUUCAUUGGGGGAUGCAGUAGGCCAAAAACUGGUUCAAGUUUCUCGCUCCAAACCACUGACCGCCACAUCACAUACUGAUGCUAAUAGUCCCGAUUCAUUGUCAAUCACGGAGACCCGCACUUAUCGAAUUCUCAGCGUCAUGGACCCGGCAACAGGUCAGUUGAUUAAUCCAGACAGAGCUAUUGCUACCGGACUGUUGAAUCUCACCGAAAGGAUGUACAUGGGCACACAGCCCAGUAUUUCAAUCGACGAGGCCAUGAAUCGAGGAUUUGUGCUUGCGCAUGGAACUACUCCCGUCAUAUGCAAUUCAGAUAGGAUCCUCAAUGGAGAGGCAAGAAAUACCCCGAAGGAAAUGAAUCUUCCAUUGACGUUGACUGAACUCAUAGCAACUGGUCAUAUUGUCCAGGAUUCGGACAAUAGUUGCAUGGUACGUGUUCCAAACGAACAUACCUGUAUCACUGUGAAUGAAGCUGUUGCCAUGGGGAUUCUUGACGCUGAGCACUCCUUGCUUCGAAACAUGUCUACAAACAGUUGGUCUACUCUAGCAGAGGCUCUAUCCACCAAUCAAAUGGAUGGUAUAAGCGGAUAUGUGAAUUUGCAACCCGGUUGGAUUUCCAUUUUGGACGCGGCAUCUCGUGGCCUACUGUCGGAAACAGCUUCUGCAGAAGGUGGCCGAGUGUCUUUCGACGAGGCUCUGGCUCGUGGAUUGAUAGAUCCCGUAUCAGCACGGUUCUACAGACCUAAUCAAUCGGACUCGGGAGUCCCAAGUUCGGUUAGCAUAAAGGAAGCUAUUGAUCGCGGAUGGUUAGAACCACCAAUCGAACUGAAGAAGAAAUCACUCCACAACGGUUCCGCUUCCUCACUUUUCGGACGAAAGCGCCCUUCAAGUCCCAGUUCUUCAAGCACCAAAAAACGACCUGCCUUGACUCCACUUGCUUCAUUGCGUAAAUUACUCCGUUCACAAUCUCCCGGUCGAUCAUCUGUCCAUUCUGACGUUUCCGAUCGUACAAACACAUUGUCCAGGUCGGAAAAAAGUGACGAAAGGUCUUUACGUGCAAAGGACACCAUUACAAACAGAUUUCUUGCCAAGUUAGCUACAUUAGGCUCUCGUUCGUCCAAUGAAUGUCCUGGCACUGAGGUAGAGAAGGUAUCCAAGCCGCGAUUGCAGCAUCGUUUGCAGCUCCUCGAACGGAAUUGUGUACUGUACGCUUUCUACUAUUUACACGAUGAGGUUCGUGUCGAGGCCGCCAUUACGGAGUCAAUGUUGCGUGAGGGACGAGUGGACGUCAGAAAAGGUGUCGUGUGUGAUCCGCUCAGUGGUCGUUUUGUCCCUGCCCCAGAGGCCCUCGCAAAUGGUUUUGUUUUUGGCAUUGUAUUUACCAAGGCCGGUCGCUUUCCAUCCGAAUCUGGAGUAGAAGAAUCAGCUCCAGACCAUACUUCGUUUUCACGCGAACCAUUGUUCUGGCUCGAAGUUUUUCAUCGUCGUCAUGAUAUCUAUCAACUUGAACGCGUAUACGAUCCAUAUGAUAGGAAGUUGGUCACGGUCACGGAUGCAGUAGCCAAAGGCGUUGUGGAUCCAAUCCAUUGCACUUAUACUCACCCGGUUACUGGUGACUUGUAUUCCAUUGAGGAUGCCCUUUAUUGCGGCUGGAUCCAAGCUUUGCCAGUUGGGAACCCGCCACCGUUUGAAUUGAAAGGACGAAAGUUCGACCACAUUCAUGUACGUACGGUCGAAGAAGGAUACACCUUCACGUCCAUCACACGAACCAUUCCCUAUGUGACCAUGCAUCGCCAUUUUGUCCCAUCUCCUUCACCUAAGCCGGCAGACGUGAUCGCAGAUGGCAUUCACACCACUCGUAGCCUGAAACGUCACAUGUUUGGGGAACCAACACCUAGGAUGUACCUAGGAAGUCGAGGGAGCGGCGAACCCUUGCCAGUUUGUCACUUGAAACCAGGUUAUCAACUGACCCCCGGCGGUGAAGUGGAAAUCAUUGCGACCGGAGAACGUCUGAGCGUACCGGAUGCAAUCUCUAGGAAUUAUGCCGUUCCAGCUACCCCAGCUCCACCACGAUCGCCACUCGGAUUGACUAAAUUCACCUCAAACAUUUUAGACCAGCCAAGCGGUUUGAGAACCACGCUCGAUGCACCUCGUUUUGACCCAUCAACACCAACACCACUAAGUGAUGGUGAUCUAGUUCCUGCUAUGAGUCUAUCCUUAGUGCGUUACCAGCAUACGUCCAAGUUGCCCACUGUGCAUGAACGGCAGCCCUCAUGGCCCACCCGAUUCAUUACUUUGGAGACUGCCAUUAAACGUGGAUGGUUGGAUCCAAUUAGUGGACAGCUGUACACACAGAGCGGCCGAUCGAGCAAACUAACCUUAAUGGAUGCUGUGGAACAGGGUAUGAUAGACCCAAUGCAGAUAUUGGUUCGUGUAGUGCAACCAAUGGAGACCGAUGUACCUGAUCAAGCUUUGUACAGUGAUCAACCAGUGAUGUACUACUAUAGUCUCGCGGUGGUUUUGGACGCAUUGGUGACCAUGUCACACGCUACAGAUAAUCCAAAACCCUUACAAAUAUGGAACAGAAAGCUGCUUACUAUGUUACUUAAUGCAGCAAGCUCCUCACCACUGAUGAGCGCAGGAGGCAAAAUGGAAAUAAUUCAACAGCAUGCACUUACCCGAACGGACUAUGAUCACCUACAGACAUUGUUCGUCCGUACAGAUUCCACAACUGAACUAGAAACCAUUGAUGUGACCACCCCCCAGCACACAAGAAUAAGAACUGUCAAACAACUGCUAGAAAAUCAGCAAACUGAAGACCAAAUAGCGGUGAUUCACGGACAGAGACAAAUAACACUCCGUGAUGCUCUUAGCAACCAGCUACUCCAAACACAUACUCCGAUAAUUGAACAAACGGACUCAGACGACAACCCAACAGCUUACACAGCACUCUGCGAAAACCUUCAGCUAGUAGUAAAACGAAACAACACCACAAACCAAGCGACUGCAGAAAACCAGAACAUCCCAUUGAACACAGACAUCCAGCGGAACACUCUGGAGCCCCAAAUAAUGGAAACCUUCCAUUUCACACACACACAUGACAAUAGGAAUACAACAAGAUCCGAACGAACGCCUUCAACAUACCAACAAGCUCUCUCAUAUGAAACCGACACAGCGCAAGCACCUGAAAUUCCAACACUUAUGACAUGGUCGGAAGCGUUGUCGGCAGGCUUG